CCCGAUUCAGUCAAGAACCGCCAGCGCACUGCCGCGGACCCCGCCAACUUUCCAAUUUCAAAAUCCGAACACCGAACGCGAACGCGAUGACAGAAUAAAAAUUCAAAUUUGGAAUUUAUACUUUUUUGUGACUGUGUUGUGAGAAAAGGUUGAUAAACUCUUCAUUUUUCUUUCUAAAUGAUUUUUUGAUAGUGUUUGAGUGAAAAUGCUUCAACCCAGAUUAUCCGGAUGUGAAAUGGGGGGUAAAAGGAACUGUGUGAAGUUCGGAGUAAGCUUCGUGUUCUUCGCUCUAAUAUUCGCCUCUCUCGUGUCAUGUCAAGAAUUACUAGAUGACGAGUCAAUAGAAGCUACAAGAAUAAAAAGAGAGGGUGUUCCAGAAAACAGGGCGUUCAAUACCAAUGGAAUAGUUUUCGAUAAUUCACCGUGGCGACCAGGCAGAGAAAUGGAUUUAGUUGAUAAACCCAUCAAUGAAGAAGACGAUAGAAAACUGAAGAAUUUGGCCACGAGGAUAAUGUCAAAUGGGGUCGAGGUUCUGGUAAAAGACAAAAGUUCCGAUGGCAAGAAUGAUCAGACAAAAUAUAUGGAAGUGAAGACUAUUCAGCCAUCAACGCCGACGAAUAUGUAUGUAAGCAAUUUUCCAAAAAUCGACAAAAGAAUCGAUAGCCACGAAGAAGAUAAUUUUGAUAUGCUCCAACCAUCAGAAUUGGGAUAUGUUCCUUGUACAACUUCGUGUUCAUGCUCACAUGCAAAAACAGAAGGAUUGAAAACGAAAUAUACCCAAGUAGAUGCAUCUAUUUCGGCAGCCUCAAAAUAUGGCAUAAAAACCUCUAAGUAUGGAAAUAGUAAAAUAGAUCUGAGACCUACUAAUAAAGAGUCCCUUGAAAAGAAGACAAAAUAUGGUCCAUAUGAAUUUGAAACUUCUUCGCAUAUAGCACCAACUGAUCGUAUAGUUGAAAAAUAUACAGAAGUUAUUAAUGAUUACUCAGAUGAAAAAGACCCAAGCUCAGUAGAAGACAGUGAAUUAUUGACUAAUGAACAAGCACCGACUCCAACAAAGAUAAACAAAAUAUCAAAUAAGAACCCAGAGAAAAAUAAACCUGAAAAAAUAACAAAACCAAACAAAAAUAAAUUUGUUGUAGCAGAUUUAUUAAAAUUGGGAUCUUUAGGAAUCAAAGGUUUAUCGCAACUAGCGCCAGUUAUUGAAAAAAUGACUGGAGGUUUCAUAAAACGCCAGGAAAAUAAAACUCUGACAACAACUACAAUAAAACCUGUAGAAAAAUUAACUGCCUAUAAUGUUGAUAAAAGAGUGGAUGCUGAUAUAGAUUUCAAACAAAGUAGUUUUCCAAUUUAUAUACCAGUAGAUGAAAUGGAAACAUCGGAAUCACAGACAAUAUUUACUAACGCAACAUUACAUCAGAACUUAGCAUGGGCUGCUGAGCAUAAGCAGCCAAAAGCACACAUUGUUCGACCUAAGAUUGUCCACGAAAGCCCACUUGUCAAUGGCGGUAUACCUAUUAGUCCAGGAGAAAUAAUCACUGCCAAUUCAGAUGUAAUAGUUGGAAAACCGGCUGUGGGUGGGCCAUUGACAUUGGCUGCUAGUGGAAUAAAGUUACAUAAUCCCGUCAACCCACCUCCGAUUGAUAGCUUUAUAGCAGCUAAUGAAGAAUAUGUUGCUGAAGAAAAACCUCCGAAUGAUCAAUUUAUUUUAACUACAAAAGUAGAUGAUUCAUAUGAUUUAAGACCUCCAGAUUUACCUAAGCCAAAACCUAAACCCCUUUCAAGACCUCAUUCUCAUCAACAUAUUAACUCACCGAACAAUAUGCCAAAUCGGAUGCCUCCAUCGAUGUCACAUUCCACAGAUAAUAUUAUGAAAACUGAACAUAUCAAAACAGGCAAUGUUAUAUUAGGCAACCAUGGUAGACCAGUAUUUUUAGACUAUAUUCCUUCGCUUGCCAAACCUGGAAAUAAUUUGCCCCCAAAACAGCAUGUAGCAAGUUUACCGAUCAAAGAUGAAAACAACGACCAAGAAAUUGUAGAUAAUAGCCCUAGUUCAUCAGAAAUCGUUAAUACACAUGUAAGAACUAAUGGUGAAUAUGCAAUAACUGGUAAUAUAGACUCUGCGAAACCUUUUUUAGUGGAUAUUCAACCAUCAAGAGUUGCUAAUGUCUUGAUUCCACAUGGGAGCUCUACAGCCUUAGUUUUUGCUGGAUCUUCGGAACCUCAUAAAACUGGAGAUUAUGUUGAUGAUCCUUUGCCUUAUCCAGAACCAGGCUACUUUGGAAGUUUUAGUAUAGAUGCUCCUCAAAUGACAAAUGUUCACAAUGUCGCACCAACGAACAAUAAACAAUUUGCUGCGAACGCUCAUAUAUAUCCAUCUGCUGUCUUACAUACACCCACCAUCCCACUACCACAUAAAGAUCAACCAUUUAGAAACGAUUUAAAAUCAAAGUGGAAAGAUUUUAAGCGCCCCGUAGAUUUUAAUAAAAUACCUCCACCCACAAGCAAUCAAGAGACUCAUGUCCACUUUGGUUCUCAAAUUACAUCUUACGAUCCAGACAUUUACAAUCCUAACAAUGGAGACUUCGAGAAAUAUAAUAAACAACGAGGUAAUAAAGUAAAAGAUGGAAAAGAAGUCAUAGAUAAAGAUUAUGAGAAUUAUUUGGCUGUGCCACCCCCACCGCCUGGAAUUUUAUUAAAUCAAGAUAAAAUACAUUACGAUAAUAAUAAACCUUACAAUAAAAAACCAAUUGUCCAUACUAAACCAGUUCAAGAUAUGAAAGUAUUCUUAAAUAUUCAACAUCCGGUUCCUAAUUCAAAUCCACAACAACAGCUUCCAAAAGUAACAUCAGAAAUAUAUUUUGCAGCUCAAGCUCCUAAUAGUCAUCAUACUCCAACUUAUACUUUACACAUACCCCAUGCUCCACCGUCACGCGAUUCGUAUUUAAACAGACCAUUAACAACAACCAAUCAAUUAAUCAAAUCCCCAGAUGCAAAUGCAGGACAAACUCUCAAUACUUACUCUGUAGCAUCAGCGCCCACUACUUCGAAUAAAUCAAUUGCAACCAACAAUGUCAACAAUAAAGACAAUACAUAUACUGUGACUUUAAAUACUGCGACAAAUGUAGCAAGCAACGUCGGAGAAGGACAAGUGAUAGGAUCCAGCGUACCUGUUGAUGUUGUACCAUCAAAUAGUAAUGAAGCUUUAAAUACAAAUAUACCAAUAGGAACGAACUUCGCUAUUACUGUGGACGAUGGAUCAUCAUCUUUUGAAAAUUAUAAUAUGCAUGAGAAUCAAAAUCCUGCUCUUGUUUAUGAGGUCCAUUCACACAAACUUGUUGAAGAAACGGUGACUGGAGACAAUAGAUGGAAUAAGAGCUCGGCUGACCAACCUGCAACUAUAGAAUUUAACACUAAAGCAACGAAUGACCAGAAUAUAGAUUAUUAUAAAAGUAAUAAGUACAAAACAAAACCUGCUUACAAAGAAAUACGUCCUUCUAGUACUCCGUCAGUAAAUAGUCAUGCUAAUUUUCCAAUGAUGAAUGAACAUACUACUAUUGGUAAUGAAUACGAUAAUGUUAAACAGAUUAAAGAGUAUCAAGAAGAUAAUAAAACUGUAGAGCAGAAACGGCCAGCUAAAGUAAUACCAAAUAUUCCAACAAAUUCUCAUGGAUGGUAUUCUAGCGUUAUUAUGAAUGAAAACAAUAUAAAUAAUAUAAAGGUAGAUUCAACAACACGAAAAGUUAUUCCGCUGACAAAUGAUUAUAAUUCUGAUAGUCUUCCUGAUUUCGGACAAAAAAUUACUAGUGUGGGAAAACCACCAACAGAUUAUUGGACACAUAACAGACCUGUUUCAAACUCAAAUGUUGGUAAACCAUUCACAAGACCUAGUACUGAGUCAUCAGUAUUUAAAGUUACGCCUGAACCCACUACACUGUAUAGUAGCCCUAAUUAUUUACCACACAAUUUCGAUACAAUGAAACAACCAGCUUAUGAUAUCCCAAUAAGAGAUAAUAGUGAUGAAACAACAACAACAAAAGUGAAGCCUACCACUGAAAAGCUCAAACCAGUAUAUGAAACCUCUGAUGAAAUUUACGAUGGAGAAGAAGAAGAGGAAAAUUCUGGUGAAAUUGAUGGUGAAGUUAGCUCAGAAUCAAUGAAAGUACCUGUAGUAAGUUCGUCAAAUGAAAUAGAUGAUAACAAAAAAUCUUCUCCGAACACAUCACUUUUGCAAGAAGAAGUUUUUAAUUCACCUUCAUAUACUCAAAAACAAAAAGACGGAAUGUAUGAUUUUAAUCCAGGAACACAAACUGAAAAGCCUUUUAAUAAUAAAACGAAUACAAGCUUCCAAUCAAAUACAAUAAGACCGAUUUAUGAAAACGAUUCGCAUCUAAAGCCCAGGCCGUUUACAAUUAAUGCUAUGACGUCAUUAGAUCACCAACUACAGCAGCCACAUUGGCAAAUAAAUCAAUUAAUGGAAAAUGCAACCAAUAUAUCGUAUGAAGAUAAUAUUGACUUGAAUAUGGGAGAGGAAAUGAUAUCAACUAAAAAACCAUCAACGCAAGAAGUAUCAUAUCACCAAACACAGUCAGAAAUUAAAUACAAAAGACCACCAAGGCCCCAAUUUAUUCGACCCAUCAAUUCUCAUACCGUAAAUGAUACAAAUAUUAUUACAUCCACCGUUCAUAUUAAAGACAAAAAACCAUUGAUUGUUGAAAAACCAAAUGAUAAAUCUACUUUACCGACAUUUACAAUACCUGCCACUUUGGAAUUGAAUAGAACGUCAAGCGAAAUAAUCGAUCUUUCACCACCUCCACCUACAAUGGACUAUAGUUUUAGACCUUCCACUAAUGAUGAGAUGAUUAUGGGUAUGAGCCCACCACCUCCAAGGACACCACCUGCGAUAAGAGUACCAUCUAGAAUAUCAUCAACUCCUCGUCCUGUAUCACCCGUGAGAACUCCACCACCUUAUAUAAAUAAGCCUCGCAGGACCUUGCCCCCUAGAUUACCUACACAAAAACCACUCAGAAAACCAUCAAAUAGAGAUGAUGUUUCGACAUAUAGACCAGCAUUUGAUAUGAAUAACAUUCGUCGACCUGCAUACAAUGAUCAACCAUCUUCACAAUUGUUACCACCUCCGAGAAAUAUCCCAUCAAGAGUUGUUAACCCUAUAAAUGAGUUGCCUUCGCCAACUGUUUCUGCAUCAUCUGUACCCAAUUUAGUAUUCCCUACACCAAUAUCGACAGGGUGGCUAACAUCAUCAGGAAUAGAUUUCUCAUCUAGUUUUAAUUUUGGACCCACUUCCAUACAAUUCCCUAAAAAUCCAAUAUCAUCAAGAGUUCCUGACUUAUCUGAAGUAGAUACAGUAAGUGAUAAUUCGUAUUCAUAUGAAACCGAACCGUCUUCGUCGGAACGGGUACCUGAUGUAAGUUCAGAAAGACCUAUCACAAACAACAGAGUAUCUACUCCCAAGGAUAGCAUAAUAAACACGGAGUCAUCUACGCCUCUCCAGGAUUCUAGCCCAGAAGAAAAUAUUAGUGAUUCUCUACCUAACGAAUCUAGUCAAGAAGAAACUUCUACCGAAAAAACAAGGGGACCACAAGGAUUCAAGAAUAGACCAAGAAAACCGUACCCACUGCGACAUGACGAUAAAAAAUCGACACCUACAAAGUAUAGAAUACCAAGCAAACCUACAUCUAUCAUAAGACCAACAAGAACUCUUAGUCGACCAGAAAUCUUGUAUCCCACAAGACACACUUCUAUAAGAAAAAUAGUAAGACCCAUUCCAACAAAAACAACAACUAUUUCUUCAAGUAUAAUAGAAAGCUCUGAAUCUUCAAUUGACGAUGAAUUCAUACAUCCGACGGAGGUAAUGAAAGACACCUUAAGCUCUUCCUCCAGAAUAGAUAAAAACGAUUUCUCAAGCGUGUCAUUGCAAUCGCAGUCAAGUGUAGCUACUCCCAUCUUAAGUGACAGCAUACUUAAUGUGAGACCAACUCAUCAUUCUGGAAAUGAAGUUAAAAUUUCAGAUGAAGCCAUACCGACAAAAACUGAAUUUAAGACUACUGUGAUCACUCUCACAAAAACUUUAUCAGAACCACCAAAAACGGUAUCAAGUAUUGGUUACGUUAAUUUAACUCAUACUUUGACUGUGACGCACACGAAAACAAGUCUUGUCAGUUUGUCUGAAGGUGCUGUCACUCAGACUUUGGUUCUGACAAAUACUCACACAUCCACACUAGUCGAUAUUAUAACGAAAGUGCAAACUCAAGUGCAACCAACAACUAUUAUCGAAACUGUAACCAAACAUAUCCCUAUACCGGUAGAGCCUACGCCUGUUCAAGAAGUGAAUCCAAAUACCAACGUUCCUCUCGACGAUAUAUCUAUGUCAUCAGAAGAGAAUGAAAAUUUGAUUAUUAAAGACAAGGAUACAAAACCGGUUCAAAAGAUAGAAACUGAAGGUGAAGGUGAUAAUGACACAUUCUUCGUAGUGAUGAAUAAGUCACAAAAUGGCGGUCCAGCACCUCCUGUUACAGGAGAUAUAGAAACGGGUGAUUAUGAUGGAGUGACACGAAAUGAACAAGUAAACAGUAAUGGAGUAUCCCAAGUGUUAUUCGGGGAAAUACUUUUGGCUGGCACUCCUUAUUUGGAGACUACAAAUGUAGUUAAUCCAGGAGUCACAUAUGGUAAGGAAUGUCAACCAGACUGUAAGGCGUCCAGAAACGAGAGGUGUCAAAGGAUAGAUGGUCUGAUGAAAUGUGUCUGUAGACCUGGUUUUGCAAGAAUGUUCCCAGAUCGACCAUGCAAACCUACUUACACUUACUCUGUGAAGCUAGCCCUCGGUUCUCAAGGCAAGGAGCGUCUGCACUUCCACCAGAACCUUUCAGAUAACUCCAGCAAGGAGUACCAUACCUUGGCAAUAGCCACCCAUGAAGGCAUCAACAGGAUGGUCAUGCAGUCUGACCUUCGGGAUGUGUUCCAUGGCGUCCACAUCACUGGCUUCUCCCCGGUUCAGAUGAAGGACGAGAACGGUGAUGAUUACCAGGGUGUUAUGAAUGACUUCUAUGUUCAGCUCUCCGACAACGCCCAUGAAAGCAGGCUGAAGGAGGUGAUCGAGAAGUAUCUGAGGAACAACAACUACAGUCUUGGAGGAACGGAGGUCCACGCUGCGGGCGAGCUGGUCGAUAGAUUGGAUGUUAGCGAUUUCGACGAAUGCACCAGCGGCCAGUUCCACGACUGUUCCGAGCAUGCGCAAUGCUUCAACCUCCGUGGCACUUACACCUGCAGCUGCCUCGAAGGUUUUGCUGAUCUCAGCGUCAACACCUUGUACCCUGGCAGGAUUUGUUCUGCUGAACCUGUGGGCUGCGAACGCUGCAACUACCACGGUGCCUGCUACUCUCGUGACGACAGACGUGUCCUGUGCGAGUGCUUCCAGUGGUAUGCUGGAGGCAGCUGCCAGAUCAACCUUAAAGUGGUCCUCAUCUCCUUAGUGGUGGCCGGCGCUGUUCUAUCCGUGAUCCUGGCCAUCUGUGCAGUCGUGGCGUGCUCCAAGAAACCUCGACCUGAACCCAGGUCCAUAGUCGCGUGUAUACAGAGCAUGCCCAGCUUGCACCAGGGUGCGAUGCCGUCCAAACAGCGUGCUGACAGGCGAGCUCUCAUCAGCGAGCGAGGGGAGUCGGGUGACACCAAUAGUAUGCAAAAUGCGUCUCUGCCAUAUAUGCCUGCUAAGAAGCAUUCUUCCAAUAAGAAGGGGGUGAUGUCGGACCCCCCCGCGCACGACCCCCCGCCGCCCCCCGCGCCCGCUGUCAUGAUCCCCCGCGCGCGGCUACAUGCACAUCAUGACAGCCGUGAAAACAUAGCGAGAAAGAGAAGCCUGGAGCUUAGUAGCGAGGCCAAACUGAUCAGCUACUUGGAGUCAGGGACUGUGAUACCCAACGAUGAGAUGAGGAGGAAACACAGCAUGGAAUCGUCAUACAGCGCCAAUAAGGACAGGCAUAACAAGCAAGGGGCCCUUGUCUCAGCUGGAUUCAAGGUCUCCACCACCAUACGACCUGAUGAAAACGCGAUGAAGGACCAGAGAGAUGACCUGUCCUCCGUACACAAGGCUGAUUUAGAAGCAGAGCUCUCCAGAUAUGACACCAUGCGGAAGUCUUAUAGUCAAGAAGAUCUAUCGGAAUGGACGGAUGCUGAGAGGCGCAUCGGUGAAUUGACCCUAUCGGAAGCCCGGUCGGUAGGGGGGACUCUCCCGGCCAGCACGGGAAGAGCAGCCUCCUCUACUCGUCUCACUCAUCAGGAAGCGAACACGAUGGCCGAGCGGGACCUGGGCUCCACCUUCCUUCUACCCCACGUGCACCUCUACAAACCGGACCUUACCAGUGACGUGUCAGAGUUCGACUCGCUGUGAGACAAGCAAAUUUCAGUCAUAAUUGUAUUAUACAAUAAGAUACACUUUAGCUAACAAAUACUUUCAAUAUCUAAAGUGGUGCUAACAUUUACCACCAAAGUGAAGACUAACUUAUUUAUUUCUAUUUAUUUUUUACUUUAAACUCGUUAUUAUUAAUUAUUUUCUUAAAUUAAGUACUGAAAGGCAUAAAAGACUUUGGUAUUAAAUAAACUUACGAAAAGUUUAGCCCUGUAUGGUCUUUAUAAAUAAAGUGUCAUUUGAAAUUUUAAAACUAGGAAAUAAUCGAAUGAUUGAAUGAAAAUAUCUUAUUAUCUUUGAGAAAAAACGAAACCUAAAAGAAAUAAUGUGGUUAGGAUGUUUAAAAGGAUAAAAGGAAAAUUAUUUACAAUUUAUAUUUACAAAUUUUCAUCCCUAUAAGGAAUCCCUUCCAGUCACAAUCAACUUUUUUCACUAUAAAUUUGACAAUCAUAAUCUUAAAAACCACGCUCUCUAUGCCUUUAGUCAGUUUUUAAGAUUUAUUAAAAUCUAUCAGAAAACGAAAUUUAAAUGCCAUAGUAAAUGUAAGCUAAGAAUUAGUUUGUAAGUUUAGUGAAAAUAAUUUGAAUGAGAAAUCACUGUAAAUACUCAUUACUUUGAUAAAUUAUUUAUUCAUGAUUAUGAUUUCUCGUUUGAAAAGUUUUCGUUUUUGAUACAUUUUUAUACUGCACAACGAAAAAGUGCCAAUUAUUGUGUUAUUUCUGUACUGUGAAUUGCACCAUUAGCUUUAUUUGUUUACAGAUUACGGCAAAAUUUAUCUUUAGUGGUAAAACCAAUGGUGACUAUUAAAAUUUUUUAUUGUUGCAAAUUUUACUCAUUGGGAGCAUGAUGUUAAAAGAAUA